AUGAAGCAUACUUUUGAAAGGCUGGUCAGGUUCGAAGCCGAUGAUGGCACAACCGAGUAUGGAGACGUCACAGACGCUUCGGUCGUGGAUAACCUGGUCGGCGCUACUGUCGACAUCCUGGAUGGCAAUCUCGAGCAUGGCUUCUCCAAGACCACGCGGACAGCUACUGUGAAAAGGGUUCUCUCUCCGCUGCCUGCUGUGCAUUAUUUCGUCUGCAUCGGCCUCAACUACAAGAAGCAUGCCGAAGAAGCAAAUUUGUCGAUUGCCGACAACCCGGUCAUAUUCGCCAAGCCGCCCGACUCCCUCGCAGGACCAGAUGAGGCCAUCCAGAUCCAUCCCGUCGCCCAGUCGCAGCUUGACUACGAAGGCGAGCUCGGCGUCAUCAUUGGCCGCGACGCCAAAGACGUGUCCGAGGCAGACGCGCUAGAGUAUGUACUCGGCUACGUCAAUUCCAACGACGUCUCUGCGCGAAAUUUUCAGAUGCCCGCCAGCGUCUCGGGCGGCCAAUUUUCGUUUUGCAAGUCUUUUGACGGGUUCGCCCCCAUCGGGCCCGUCAUCGCCUCGCCUCGUGUCGUGCCCGAUCCCCAGGAUCUGACGCUGGAGACCAGGGUCAACGGCGAGCGGCGGCAGGCGUCGACGACGGCGGACAUGAUCUGGACCGUCCGACAGCUCAUCUCGUUUGCGUCGCAGGGCACCACGCUGAGAAAGGGCACACUGAUUAUGACGGGCACGCCGUCUGGCGUUGGGCUCUUCAUGGAGCCCAAAACAUUUCUCAAGGACGGCGACGUUGUUGAGAUUAGUUUCGGUGGGCUCGGAACGCUGCGCAACACUAUGAAGUUCCAGAGCAUGUAG